GGGGUUCACUUGUUUCACAUAUUGGGCGGUGCGUGAUAGAUAGUGUGUGGGGUACCCCUUUGGUGUUUAUUGCUCUCAUAAUUAACAUUUCAAUUGCUGUCAAAGUUAAAAUAAAGGUGAACAACACGAAGGAUAACAAGAAUGGGAGGUAAAGCAAAGCCCACGAAGCAUACUGCAGCCGAAACGCGUCGCAAGGAGCAAUUGGCAAACACAAACAUGGGUGGCGGGUCGGUUGGAUUACGAGAUCGUAUGGGUGGCCAGGCAGGCCAUUCUAGGUUUAUUUGCAAGAUAUGUAUGUUGCAGGCCCCUGACCUCAAGUCCAUGGGCCUGCACUACGAAUCUAGGCAUCCUGAUGUAGAGUUCCUUGAGAGCGAUUUUGAAGAUCUCCAUAAAAAGCACGGUGGAACCACAAAGGGAGUGGCGAUUCACGGUAGCUUGAAGAAGGCACGAAACACUAAAAAUGCAUCUUAAUGGGGCUGAGGGAGAGCUUGAUAAAGGCUAAAAGGGCAAUACUGGAAAUUAAUGUCGUAAUAUAAAUUCUAUGUCCCAUUGUACACGCUUCGUAAAGACCCCCUCCACUCUUUUUCAUUCUUGGGUGUGACCUUUUGUGAUGUUAAUUCUUUCAUCAUAUCAGGGAAUGACACAGAAGAAU